AAAUAUCUAGUUUUGCGGAAAGAUCAUGGCCUUACAUCCCCAAAAUUAACACAUAAAUUCGCCCCUUACAUACAUGAUAACAAACACUGAAUGAGAUAGAAAUAAAUUGGAGCAUAGUGUAAGAUGGGUCUUUUGGUAAAAUAACACAAGUUAUGAUAGGGGUCAAUUAUCAGCCGUCCAUUUAUUAUAUCCAGGUGAAAGAUAACACAACCAGAUUCUUGAAAUCAAGAACGUGCAUGGAUUUUGCAUCUGUUCUAUCUCAAAAGUCAGCAAACAAUUUCAAUUUUUUUCCUCUUCAAAAUACCCUAAGAGAGUUAACUUCAAGACCCGUUAGUAGAAUUGGGUAUGGAAUUGACUACAAACUCAUGGCAUUCUCACCUAGCUACAAGAAGAGGAAAAAAUACAAAGAUGCAUUGGUAAAAGCAAGUAGAAAAGAGUCUCCUUAUGAUGUUUUAGGGGUGUCUUCAUCUGCUACUGCUGAUGAAAUCAAGAGGGCAUAUCGCAAACUUGCCCUAAAGUAUCAUCCUGAUGUUAACAAAGAGCACAAUGCUCAAGAAAAGUUUAUGAGGAUUAAGCAUGCAUACAACACACUAUUGAACUCCAAAACCAGGAAGAGAUAUGAUUCUAGAAGUGACACAUCAAGUUAUUCAUAUUAUAGUGGAGCAGAACAAGGUAGAAGUACUGCAGAUGAAGAAGACUUCUAUAGCUUUGGUAGCUUUUUCAGGGAUGCUCAGAUAACAAUAGCGGACUUCUUUAAGGAUCUCCAAGAAGAAUUUCGGAAUUGGGAGGCAAAUGUUGAUUCUGGGGGGAAACCAAAGAGUCUGUGGGAAGAAUUGGCGGAAAUCGGAGAAGAAUUUGUUGAGUUUUUAGAGAAGGAGCUUAAUAUAACCGAUGCAGAGGUUGAAGACGAAAGCAACAAUGAGAGACGCUGGAAGGGCAAUGCACAAUCUGGAACAAACGCAACUGGUAAUGCAAAACAAAACAGGACAGAUAAUGAUAGCAGUAUUGAAGAAAAUAUUGAUGAUAUUGAAGCCGCCCUUGCCCAAUUGAAAAAGGAAUUAGGUCUCUGAUGGGAUUGAAUUGAUACUCCUUGCAAAGAAGAGCAAUGAUAUAUUGAGCAACAUCUUUUCGGUUGUGUCUGGCUGCAACUAAAAUGGUUUGAACAUGUACCAACUGAAAAUCACAAAGGUUUUGCUUUCUUGUCCUUGCACACCUGUUGCUAUUGACAAAGUUUUUGUAGUAGCCAUGGAGAACUGGCUGCUGCAUCUUUCGAUGUCUUGGAAGUAUCUAGCACUAAUAUAUUUUUUUUAAUGAUGUAUACAUUUGUUAUGCACUUGAUGCUUGGACGAGCACAAUGAUUUUGUUAUUGCACGAGUUUAAUAGCAAA